CAGCAAGUGUAGACACCCACCAGCGUUUUUAUUGACUUCCGUGGCAUAAGCAGGUAUCCCAGCAUACGUUAGAAGCCUCUCUAGUAAUCAUGCAAACUCCACUGCCCUGGGCUCACCUGACCCCUCCUUUAAAUGCCCCGGGAAUUUUAAAAAUCCCCUUCCUGUUUGCUCAGCCAGGUGUGGAGUGCAAUUAAUCAAUCAAUCAAUCACUCAGCGACCAUGCCUCCACGCACCAAACGAGCCCCAGCAUGGACCAAUGCAGAGCUGCAGGACCUCAUAAGUGUUUGGGGAGAGGAGGCUGUGCAAGCACAGCUGCGCUCCAGAAGGAGAAAUUAUGAUACCUAUGGGCAGAUAUCGCAGUCCUUGAUGAGAAGGGGUCAUGAACGGGACACGUUGCAGUGCAAGGUCAAAAUUAAAGAGCUGAGGAGUGCUUACUGCAAAGCCCGUGAGGGAAAUCGCCGCUCAGGAGCUGCCCCUACGACCUGCCGUUUUUACCAGGAGCUGGAUGCCAUACUUGGGUGUGACCCCACUGCCAAUCCUAGGAGCACGAUGGAGAGUUCAGAGCAGGGAGAAGUGGGGGAGGUGGUAGAGGACGGCGACAGUGAGGCUACUGGCGUGGAGGGAGACACCCCGGAGUCCCAGUACACAUGCAGCCAGGAGCUCUUCUCAAGCCAGGAGGAGGCUAGCCAGUCGCAGCAGCCGGAAGUUGAUGGUGAGGAAGAAACUGAGGAUCGUGAUCGGGUGACCUUGACUACUGCAGCCGGAUCACCGGUCUCACGUAGGUUGCAGAACUUGAGACGGAAUCCUAGAAAAUCAAAAGAGGAAUUGAUCAAAUCUGUUAUGAGCCACUACAACAGAGAAAGUAGGAAGACACAGGAAUGGAGAGAGAAGAUGUAUGAAUGGAGACAGAGUGUACAUGAAUGGAGGCAAACAGAAAGCAGGAGAAAGGAAUUGUCUGCCAAAAAAACCACAAAGCAGAUGAUAAGCCUCCUGGCUCGCCAAACUGAGUCUUUCGAGUCUCUUGUAGCCAUGCAGACAAAUAUGUACCGUUGUAACCCACAGCCCUCCCAAAGCACUCUUCCUUGUUCCUCAGUAUUUCCACAAAACAACUUUCUCCAGCAGCCAGUUCCUUAUUUUCCCCAGCUGCCCACAACACCUCUUGGAGAUCCAAAUAUUUUAAUCCUACAAGAAGCUGAGAAGAUCAAUGGCAUUGCAUAUCCUGCUUUGUCAUUCAUAAUAAGGGAGAGACAAGUUGCUGGAUCUGUGGAGAAAUUCUUCAAGGUGGCUGAUGAAGAAGUUGGCAUACUGGGGAAACAUCCUAGUACCCAUGGCUGUUCCCAUGGUUUGGACAAAGUGUUUGUUAUUAAAUGUGAAGUUGUAGUGGGUGAGCAUGAAAUGCUUGAGUCUGGGGAGCUGUUUUGGAUAGAUUUCCAGGAGUUGUGGAUUAUGUGA